AUGGCAUCCUGGGCAAUACUGAUACCCCUAUUCAUCACAGACCAAGGCGACAAACAGCUGGACUGGAGCACGCCCGAGGUCUCAGAGCACGAUGUGUCGCCGCCAUCGAGCCCGUCCUUUGCUCCGGUAGGACGUCCGACCAUCAAGAAGCGCUUCCGGAGUAAGAUUCCGGAUCCGCUGCGGCUGGAUGUCCCGCGGAACAGGACGAGCAGGCUGGGGUCGCUACAUCUUUCAUACUCGAAGGCUGUAGCAUCGAGAAUAGAUCGGGCCGACAACCUCAAGUUUAUCGAGCAGUUCAGAUACACCAUCGUCGCCUCACAACUAUUAGCUGGGCACUCGAUUACGGGGAACUACAACUACUUCAACCGAAAUAGGGAUGCGUCGGAUGUUCCGCAGAACGUGGUGGUUCCAACGUCAACGGGAAUAUUAAUAACGGCUACGGGCGCCCUGGUGGUAGCGUGUGUGAUUCGAUGGGUGUACAUGGGAGGAUAUGCCCAGUUGACAAAGGGGAAGAUUGCAUUCACGACGGUGGUGCUUGUUGGGUUCGGUCUGGUGGCGCACUUCUACAUCCGCCAGCAGUGGAUACGAUAUCUUAGGAAUCAGGCACUGGCCGAGGUGUCUGCAUUCGUGGCCAAGUCGCAAGACUUUGAUGGUGUCUCGAGCGCGGCGCUGUCCCUUAUCCAGGAGGUGGAGCUCGUCUCAAGGGGCUACAGGCUCCGGUUAGAGGACAGAAGCCAGACUCGCCGAUGUAGCAGACUACGGAAGACGCUAAAGGCCCGUUUGGCUGAGAUGAUCAAGACGUACAUCAAAGUGUCAUCAGUGAUCAAGGGAUUUUCAGAGCAGUUGGAUAUCGAAAAGUUCCACGAUGUCUAUGAUAUCAGCGAUUUUGAUAUCUCUGAUGCUAUGCAGGGUUUCUCGGAUCGCGAGUUUGACGAUCCAGAGUCUGUCAAGACACUGAAAAUUGCAGCUGCCAGGUUUCAUACCAUCAGGAAGAUUUUCCUGUGCUCGUUGCUCGCUUUGGAGGCUACCGGAGACAACACGGACUUUUUGCGGUGGUCAACGGCUGUCGAGAGCCUUCGUGCCCUGACCGAGGCGACGGACGAGGGUUUGUCCAAGGUCCGGCAAAUCCUCGACGAGGAAGAGAAGUCCAAAUUCCCAUUAUCACCAAACCGAGAGAGGCGACGAUCUCAGUUUCAAAAACUCAACUCUUUGUCCACGGGCAUCCGUGGACUUCAAGCCAAGCUCGCGUUGUUACGAGAGGAGUCUGAGAGAACACUCAACGAGGCCGAAGACGUGUCUGAGCUGGGUCUAAAUCUCAUGGCCCAGUAUGAGUCCAUUGGCCAGGACCUCAAGCUCCUGCAACAAGCUUGGGAGGAGGGCAAAGCAGCGCUGGCAUCGGGUAUCGACCGGAACGAGAAGCGACUCUCUUCCAUCAGCACCAUGCUAUCACCGGCAACAUCUCUGAGCGGCCUCACCACUGUCGAGGAAGGUGGGGCCUUGGAAGCGUUCAAGGCUCUUACCGGCGAAUCACCGAGCAGUUCGAGCUUCGGGAGCGCUAAGGGUGACGACGAAGCCGAAGUGUUCGAGGCUGUUUCUCUCCCACCAACACGGCCUCGAAGCAUGCUCACCAGAGAAGAGCGCAUCGUCAGGAUGAAGGAGGAACGGGAGAGACGAGAGUCCAUCAGGCAAGACGCCGAUGCCAGUCGAGGCAUGCUCAAGGAGCUUGAAAUGGUCAUCAACCUCCGGCCCAAACGAUCCACCAUGCCCGCCCCAGCGCGCGUAUCAUUAUGA